UUGGCUGUGACGUCCAAAAGUAGACAAUCCGAGAUCGAGUCAAAGUUUCCGACAAGGACCUUUUUUGCAUGCUGAGAUCGCUGACUCGACAGCCAUAUCGCUGUAUCAUCUAUCGCCACAGACCACCUCUACUUGCACAGAUCUACCGACAUCAGUCGACAGCGAUGGCUACCCCAGUUGCGUCCAGCUCUCAGCCAGUCCAGAUACCAGCUCUUGAGGCUACCCAUGCCAAUGAUACGAAGAAACCCAAGGAAAAGAAGGAUAAGGCAACGCCUGCUGCAUCCCAAUAUCCCUUAGAGUUGCAACCACCACCAGACUACAUCGAUCACCGUAUCAAAAUGUUCGAGCAAUUGCAACAGGAUUACAUCGAGUUUGUUAAAGCUCAACCGCGGGGGGAAAUCACGAUCACGAUGCCAGAUGGCUCCGAGCGGAAGGGAACGAGCUGGGAGACGAGUCCGAUGGACGUUGCUAAGGAAGUGUCGAAGAGCUUGUCGGAGCGAAUCGUCAUCGCAAAGGUCGAUGGCGAACUUUGGGAUCUCGAACGACCACUAGAAAGUUCAUGUAAGCUCGAGCUUUUAGAUUUCGACCACCCAGAAGGCAAGCGCGUUUUCUGGCACUCUUCGGCACAUGUUCUUGGUGAAGCCGCAGAGCGACACUAUGGAUGUCACCUUUGUAUCGGACCUCCCACGGAUGAGGGUUUCUUUUAUGAGAUGGCAAUUCCUGAUAGAGUUGUCACUAUGACGGAUUACCCUGCCCUGGAAAAGGUUUCCGAGAUGGCGGUCAAGGACAAGCAAAGGUUUGAGCGCCUUGUCGUCUCCAAAGAGAAACUCCUAGAGAUGUUCGAUUACAACCUGUACAAAAAGUAUCUUAUCGAGACCAAGAUUCCGGAUGGGUCGUCUACCACUGUGUAUCGUUGUGGUCCGAUGAUCGAUCUCUGUGUUGGUCCCCAUAUCCCGCACACGGGCAAGAUCAAGGCCUUCAUGGUCACCAAGAACUCCGCCUCGUACUUCCUCGGGGAUGCCAAGAACGACUCCUUGCAGCGAAUAUAUGGGAUCUCGUUCCCGGAUAAAAAGAAAAUGACCGAGUACAAGGUAUUCUUGGCUGAGGCGGCCAAGAGAGAUCAUCGCAAGAUAGGCAGGGAACAAGAGCUGUUCUUCUUUAAUGAUCUAAGCCCCGGAAGCUGUUUUUUCCUUCCGCAUGGGACCCGAAUUUACAAUACUUUGGUCGAGUUAAUGAGAUCCGAGUACAGGAAACGUGGCUACCAAGAGGUCAUCUCUCCGAACAUGUAUAAUGCAAAGCUAUGGGAGACGUCCGGGCACUGGCAGAACUACAAGGAUGACAUGUUCACCCUUGAUAUUGAGAAGGAGAAGUGGGCACUGAAGCCAAUGAACUGCCCUGGACACUGUCUGAUAUUUGACUCCCGGGACCGGAGUUACAGAGAGUUGCCGAUCCGGAUGGCCGAGUUCGGCAUCGUCCACCGUAACGAGGCAUCCGGCGCUUUGACUGGCCUGACUCGUGUGAGACGUUUCAUGCAAGACGAUACCCACGUAUUCUGCAUGCCAUCGCAGAUCACUGAUGAAAUUGGCUUACUGUUCGAUUUCAUGGAAAGCAUCUACGGUUUAUUCGGUUUCGAGUACCGGUUCGAGUUGUCUACCCGACCCGAAAAUUACUUGGGCAACAUCGAGACGUGGAACGUGGCAGAGUCGCAACUGCAGGAGGCUCUCGAGAAGCAUCAUCCGGGGCAAUGGCAAUUAAACCCCGGAGAUGGUGCCUUUUACGGACCAAAGAUAGACAUCUACAUACGCGAUGCAUUGCGUCGAUCGUUCCAGUGCGCGACCAUCCAGCUAGAUUUCCAGCUUCCGGAACGAUUCAACCUCAAAUACCGGUCAGCCGAUGAGAUGGCCAACCCGGAUAAGCCCCCGUCAAGACCCGUGAUGAUUCAUCGAGCGAUCCUCGGUAGUCUUGAGAGAUUUAUCGCAAUCAUCACCGAGCAUUUCGCAGGAAAAUGGCCAUUUUGGAUUUCACCACGCCAAGUACUUGUUAUACCCGUGGCUGUGCCGUAUAGGGAAUAUGCCCAGGAGAUAGCCGAUAAACUUCAGGCCCUCGGUCUUUUUGCAGACGUCGACAACGGGCCGGAUACCCUUCCUAAGAAGAUCCGCAAUGGUGAAAUCGCUCAGUACAACUUCAUUCUUGUGGUUGGCCAAGAAGAGUUUGACAGUCGUUCAGUCAACGUUCGUAAUCGCGAUGAUGUCGGCACGAAGUCCAAGGGGGAGAUGAUUCCAUUGGAAGAUGUUUCUAACAAAUUGGUGGCACUCAAGAAUUCGAAGAGUCUCCAAAACAAACUUAUGUAAGUACAGCAAGUAGAAUAGUUGGAAUUUGACAAGAUGUUUCGGUGGACCUUGACAACGGAUGUGCCAUUGUGACCAUUUUUGAGUAUUUGCUCACUGUCGAGUACUGUGAAUUGGGUGCUCAGGAAGUGAUACCUCCGAUAAACUGAUUGCGUAAUGCCUGUAUCGCAUCCCGUUCUGAUGGGGGCAAACCAUUGAUUUGUUCUUGGGUUAAACUCAGCACUUGCAACAGCAUUUG